UCGCAAUCGGGUAAUCUGAAGACACACAUGAGAACUCACACGGGAGAGAAACCUUAUAAGUGCGAUCUGUGUGAUGCUACCUUCGCACAACCAGGUAAUCUGAAGACACACAUGAGAACUCACACGGGAGAGAAAGCACAAUCAGGUAAUCUGAAGACACACAUGAGAACUCACACGGGAGAGAAAACGGGAGAGAAACCGUAUAAGUGUGAGCUGUGUGAUGCUACCUUCUCACUAUCAGGUAAUCUGAAGACACACAUGAGAACUCACACGGGAGAGAAACCGUAUAAGUGCGACCUGUGUGAUUCUACCUUCUCACUAUCAGGUAAUCUGAAGACACACAUGAGAACUCACACGGGAGAGAAACAAUAUAAGUGCGAGCUGUGUGAUGCUACCUUCUCACUAUCGGGUAAUCUGAAGACACACAUGAGAACUCACACGGGAGAGAAACUGUGUGAUGCUACCUUCUCCCGCUCGGACCAUGUGAAAAUACACCUAAGAACUCACACUCAAGAGAAACCGUAUAGGUGCGAGCUGUGUGAUGCUACCUUCUCACAAUCGGAUUAUCUGAAGACACACCUUAGAACUCACACGGGAGAGAAACCAUAUAAGUGCGAUAUGUGUGAUGCCGCUUUCUCAGAUUUGAGUGCUUUGAAAAGACACAUGAGAACUCACACGGGAGAGAAACCAUACAAGUGCGAUCUGUGUAAUGCUACCUUCGCACAAUCGGGUACUCUGAAGACACACAUGAGAACUCACACGGGAGAGAAAUCAUAUAAGUGCGAUCUGUGUGAUGCCGCCUUCUCAGAUUCGAGUGCUCUGAAGUCACACAUAAGAAGUCACACGGGAGAGAAACCGUAUAAGUGUGAUCUGUGUGAUGCCGCCUUCUCAACAUCGGGUGCUCUGAAGCCACACAUGAGAAUUCACACGGGAGAGAAACCGUAUAAGUGCCAGCUGUGUGAUGCUGCCUUCAUACAAUCGGGUUCACUGAAGGUACACAUGAGAUCUCACACGGGAGAGAAACCAUAUAAGUGCGAUCUGUGUGAUGCUACCUUCUCCCGCUUG